ACCGCAAUCGUUCCACGAAUCCGCCAUGUUUUUUCCUAUCUGCUGCUACAGCAGUCGUCAUCGUUGCCGUGUUUCGUGUAACCAAUAGUGAAUGCAAUAUUAUUUAUUUUCCCUACUGGAACUUUGCGUUUAUGCAUUACCGUUUGCUCGCGUUCGGUGGUUGCUUCGGGAGCAAAGUGUAGACUAGACUAGCGCUAACCACUAACCGAGAACGAAGGGAAUCGAAUCUGAUGUGAGAAAACCAGCACAGAAGGGGACUGGAAAGUUGCCAAGGAGCCCCAAACGACGACGACGCAAAGAGCGACGUUGGUGUGGCUCCAACACCACCACCACAACCACCACCACCUCUUUCAGCAUAGGAGUAAUUUCCACAGCGACGGAUUUCGGAAACAUUUACCAGCAUUACAGAGUUUGCAACUAGGUUCUGCGUACGACCCUGGAGAUUUUAUACACCGUGUAUACGUACACAUCUUCUGAUUCUGGUCGUUUGGAGUAUGCAUGAUCAGCACAACGAAAAGCAUCGAUCCAGUAAGCGCAGGAAGUUCAGUCAGUGAGUGCGUGUGUGUGUGUGCGGGAUAAAGUGUAUGUGUGCAGUACUGUUCGUGGCCAGUAACAAACGUCAGUGCGUGUUGUUCAUCACGGUCAUCGUGUAUGCGGUAGUAAAGUGCACACGUACAUAAAAGUGGCACCGGGUGGGUGGAACAGGAAAGAAGGCAGACAGGCAGGUAGCAAAAGGGUAGAGGGCAAGGAAAGGCCAACUACCACCACCACCAGCAGCGCCACCAGUGUCAGGUGUCAGUCAGCAACCCCGAGAACGGAGGCUGACGACUCUUCACAGCGCAGCAAAACAAUCACACACCGGACGAGGACAGCGGCCUAAAACGGCAACACGGCUGAACGAUGAAUCGAACGGACGGGCUUGUGCGACGUGUGAAAGCACGCGACACCGAAACGAAUGGAGGAUCGUCUUCAUCCGCGGCGAAUCAUGCCGAACAGGAGGACAACAAAGUAGACAAGGAGGACGAGAUGGAAGACUGCGACUCCAAGGAAACGCGGCUCACUUUGAUGGAAGAGGUGCUGCUGCUUGGGUUAAAGGAUAAGGAGGGCUACACAUCAUUUUGGAACGAUUGCAUAUCGAGCGGACUGCGUGGGUGCAUUCUGAUCGAAUUGGGGCUUCGUGGACGCAUCGAACUAGAGCGGGCCGGUAUGCGAAGGAAGGGCCUGUGCACGCGGAAAAUCACCCUCAAAUCCGACACACCUACCGGUGAUGUACUGCUCGACGAGGCCUUGAAACAUAUUAAAGAAACGUACCCACCGGAAACCAUUCAGAGUUGGAUCGAAUAUUUGAGCGGGGAAACAUGGAAUCCGCUCAAGAUACGCUAUCAACUGAAAAACGUCCGCGAACGACUAGCCAAGAAUUUGGUCGAAAAGGGUGUACUGACGACGGAGAAGCAAAAUUUUCUCCUCUUCGAUAUGACGACACAUCCCCUAACCGAUAACGUUAUCAAAUGCCGGUUGGUGAAGAAGAUACAAGAUGCGGUGCUCACAAAAUGGGUCAACGAUCCGCAGCGGAUUGGCAAACGAAUGCUGGCGCUGAUACUGUUGGCGCACGCAAGUGACGUGCUGGAGAAUGCCUUUGCGCCUCUGAACGAUGACGACUACGAGCUGGCGAUGCGACGGGUAAGGGAGCUGCUCGAUCUUGACUUUGAGGCGGAGUCCGCCAAAUCGAACGCCAACGAAGUGAUUUGGGCCGUCUUUGCGGCCUUUACCAAGUAAGAUAAGAAACCCCCUUCCUAGUUCUGCCUAGACGCAAUAACGAGCGCGAGCGCGCGCGCGCACACACACAUGCCACUGUGGGUCGGAGGAAAGAGCAAUACCGGUCUGAUUUACCAAUGCGCAACGCAAUGGCAACGGUUGGUCUGUUGGUGUUGUUGUGCGCAGGGAUACGAUAUAGCAGCCCUCAUUUACUGUAAAACGAUCUCCGUUCGCUUUAGAAGUAGAUCCUCCACGAACGGUCGAGGAGUGAGGGAAGCCACAGCCCCUGCGGGAGGGAAGGUUUAUGAAAUCAGUUUGAUAUGUUUUUUUUUGUUUGCUAUCGUUUUCCAAAGUGGCACUGCAUGAAUCCAAGCUCCAAAGUGUGUGGCCAAUAGAGAUGGGACCACUAGCAAAAGGAACUAGUAGCAUCAAACGCAAAUGGAAGCAAACUUGCCACGACCGAAUGUUGCUCCGUGUGCAGUGCGCAAGUGUGCACUGAAAGAUUGAUUUAAUAGAAUUGUGAUUAAAAGUGGUUGAUCGUUGGGAUGCAAUUAUUACGGUAUUUUGCUGUUACAAUAAGGCAAUACAUUCUACGCGAUAACGGUGAGCAAAAAGAAAACCGGAAAACGGUGUGCGUUUCCAAAACACACAAGCUUGUAUCGUAGGAAGUAAUAUAAUGAAGCCAAUAGCGAUUGUAACGCGCCGUGUUACAUCUUCCGGUACAGGAAAAGGGUCACGUAAUACAAAUCCGUAAUGUGUCGCCGGUGUUCAUGAGGGAGACGGUGAUGUACUUUACGUACAAUUGCAGAUUUUUGCUACUACAAACCAAUGUAACAACUAUUCUACUACCAACUCUUACUCACCCAUUUGUUGCUGUAUUCCCACAUCGAGUAAAAAGCUAGCCAAAACCCCUUGCACACGUCACUGUACGAGGGAUUCAAUUUCAUAAUGAAACAAGAUGACAGUUUAAAAAAAAACCUCCGGUCAAACAUUCUAUAAAACGGUUUAUUUUUCCACAAUAGCAUUUUGCUGUUUUUCUUUGAAAAUUCUACUACUAUUACACAGCAGUACACAGCUUUCAGAAGGCGAUACACUAUUUCAAGCGUUCUUUGUUACUGUUGCUGAUUAGCUACGUAAAAGGUUUAUUAUAUUAAGCAAAGCCACAUUUCAGAACAGGUACUUUCCAAACGUUCCACAAGCAAUCCAAUCCAUUUGUGAGCAAAUACAAGCAACGAUUGUACCGCGAUUUCAAUAUUCGACCGGUACACGGUGAUAAUCAUUUUAUCCGUAUCUGUGCGGCAACAAACAUGGAACCGAUACUUUUAUUGCUUUUGCGUUUGAGUAAACUGCAAAGUUAAUUUUUAUAGACGUAACAGACGACAGCAAAAAAGAAAAAGGACAUAUAAAGGACUGGAUCACCGGCACGAACAUUAUCAACAAGCUGAUAGGACAUUUUUUAACAUUCUAGCUAAACUCUUUUCAAACUAUCUAUAGCAAAAGAAGCAUAGCUAACCGUUGGCUGUAGAAGCAAAUAGGUCGAGUUUGGGGGG